ACCAAAACAGACUCAAAUAAAAACAUAAGCAGGCUUGUUGUCAUAGUGAUUAACAAACCGUUAUUUGUAAUAUUUUUUUUAAAUUAUUGAAAUCUAAACAUUGUUUUGCUGUGACGUCUCCACAAUAGAGCACUGCCUUUAACCUUGCUGCACCUCUUCUCUCGGAGUAUUACUUUGAAAAUCCCACCGUGACGCUGUCCCUCUUUAGGCUGCGCGAGCUUGAUGCUGUACACGCGCACCCUUCAGAAAGGCAAAGUGCGCCGUUGUCCGUCCUGAAGCGCAGCAGGACGAGUCGCACUGAGGAGACCGACGGCUCCGGGACAUGUUCGUCCCUCUACGUCCGCAUUGAACUGCUCCUCCACCUGCAUCGCUGUGGCAAUUGCGCAUCCACUUUUGGGGUGUGACAAACAUCUCGCGCGCGCUUGUGUGUGCGUCGGUUUUUUCCCCAUUCAGGCUUGUCCAGGAGUCGAGACGCGGAUGACUUGACUUCCCCCCCCCCCCCAUUGCAUCGCCUCCUCUCCUCCCGCUGAUGCGCUCUGGACCUUUCCCUCGUGGUUGAUCCGUCCAGACCAGAUGUUCCGGGCGCGCACGCAGGUGCGCCGCUGCUGAUGUCCAGUGAUUUCUCUGCUGAUGUAGUGCCGGUCGAGAGGGCUGAAGUUGAAGUCCUGCACUAGAAGGCGUCAGCUCCAAAUGCAUUCGCUCCUGGGCCGGGAGAAGAAAGAAGAAGAAGCCGGGUUCGGGUUCGAUCUGGGUCUGUCUCCGGGCUUUCUGCCCCAAGCUGUCACCAUGUUCAGCUGCGUGGGAUGCUUCUGGGUGCUCCUCUCCUCCGCUCUGGUCGCCGUGUGCAGCUUCAGCUUCAUAUCCCCUGCCUGGAUUGUAAAGGACCAGCUGAGGAACAACAACCAGCCCCACCAGCAGCACCACCACCACCACCACAAGGACUCCGUGAGCUUCGGCUUGCUGUGGCACUGCUCGGAGUCUCUGGAUCACAUGUACCGCUGCUACACCUUCGGCGGACUGGGCAAAUUCGCUGAGAUCCCCUCCAGCUCCUGGCAGACCAGCGCGGUGCUCUGCUCCGGAGGCUGCGCCCUGCUGGCCGUGAGCUCCCUGUUGGCCAUCAUCACCAUCUUCCUGCCCAGCGGAGGAUGCGAGAGGAGGAUCUGCACCCUGGCUGGAUACAUGCAGAUGGCUGCGGUGUUCAUCAUGGCUGCUGGACUGCUGGUCUACCCCUUCGGCCUCAACUCCUCGCUGGUGAGGUCCUUCUGCGGGGACUCCGACAUCUACUACGCCGGCGAGUGCCAGAUCGGAUGGGGCUACAUGCUGGCUAUUGUCGGAGUCAUGCUCACUGUCUUCUUGCCCUUUUUUGCCAAGUACGCGCCGAAGGAGCAGCUGUCCCCGACCCCUCUGCCCACGCUGUUAUAGUGCACCGCGUGGGCCCUGAUGUCACUGACAAGACACCGGCAUCCCGUGACGCUGUUUGGGACACCCGACAACGAACACCGUCUUCCUGCAUCCGUUACGUGGUGACUGCAAAGUUCAGUUCAUUUAGAUGGAAUGUUUUAUGUUACGAUUCUACUCAGUGGUUAGUUUUCUGCAGUUUGACUUCAAGUGAAAUGAGAUGAGAGGAGCUCAUUUGAGGAGAUGACUACAAAUAUAAAAAAAACAUAUCAUUCAUUUUGUGGAAAGCUAGUCAACAGAUGGCAAAAAGAGACGGUUAGCAUGAGAUUAUGUGGCGGUUUGUAGUUUUGAAGAACAUGAAACUUUGAAGAGAAUACAAAUAGAGAUGAGUAGCUUCUAAUGAAGAGCGUCUGGAUUUUACACAGCUGAUGUCUGAGGCUUCAAAGUGCCACGCCGAAAAGGGGAAAUUUGAUGCGUUGAAAGAGGUUUGCUCCUCAGACUUUAUCUGCCUUCAAGUCACGUGACCAGGCAUUGAACCAGUGAGGGUCAAGAAGACGCUUUACCUCUCAAGGACGGUGCAUUCAGGGAGAAGAGGACCUGUGGAGGAGACAAAUGGAAAUCUCCUCUCACCACAAGGAUGUGAAUUGUACUAAUUCGUGGUGGUACCAGAGCUGUGUGAUCAAAAAAAUGUUAUGAUGGGAUACUGCAUCCUUUUGUUAACCUUUUCCCCAGAACUGUUUGUGUAAUGUAACCCGCUUGUUAAUUAUGAAACAAUUGUUUUCUGUCUCCAACACACAAUACUGAAACACUCUAUUUCAGGAAGAAAAAAAAGGUUGCAAAAGGCACGGAGAUGUAGAAAUUUUGUCAGAAAGGCAGGAUGAGAUGGGCUUUGUUAAUGGUAGAACAAUUGAUCUUGAUUUUAAAUGUGAUCAGACCAACUUGUGCCUUUUAACAUAACCAAGACAAGUGUUUAUUACAACUAUCAGGUUAGCGUCUUUUUCUGCUGAGAAACUCUAGAUCCUGUUGAGUAGUGUUUAUUUUAUAAAAUAUUUUCUCCUCUCAGACGUCUUGCUCCUGUACUUGAUGCAGUGUGAUCUCAUUAACUUGAGGAAAUGUUCAGGAGGAUAAAAAAAAAAAAAAAAAAAAAAAAGACGACGUCUUCUAAUCCUCAGAGGUAAUGGCGGCUAGAGGAGAGAAAAAAAGCAACUCGUGUUCAGUACGAACCAAUUACCAAAAGAGGUAAAUCACUUCAAUUGCUAUCUUAAAAGGUUGUGACAUGCAGCUAGCGGAUUAAUUCCUGGCAUCCUUGUCUUACGUGGUUUUUAAAAUGAGUGGCUGAGGAGGGAGCUGUACAGAGUGAACUCUGCCUUCGGUUAUCUGUGCGAGGCUGACACAUCAUUCACGUUAUGUGCAAAACGUGCUUGGAAAUCAUUUGCUCCUGAAGUAAGCUGAUGUGUAGUCGUGUUUUUGCGUCGAUCCACUUCUCCUUUUUAAGCCGUUCCCGUCAUGUCCCAAGGACAAAACGUCUACUUCUCCAUUCACACUGCCAAUUUCAUCAAGCUAGACUCCCUUUUUCCAGUGGGUGUUUAUGUGCGUAUUAGUGUUGAAUAAUGGGUUGGAUUUU